CAACACGGUCAAGGCGAACGGUCUGCGCUUUUCUCUGCAAUCAUCGAACACCACACGUAUUUUUAUUUAGCAAGAUAAUCAUGAGUGACCAGAGGAAAAAAAGUAAAAAAUCGAAAGAGGAGAUUGCCAAGGAGUUUGAUCUGCCGGAGCGCAAGAGCAAGAUUGCAACGCUCCUGAAACAGGAUGGGCAAGCUUACUGCCUUUGCCGAUCGUCUGAUUCUUCGCGUUUCAUGAUCGGAUGUGAUGCUUGUGAGGAAUGGUAUCAUGGGGACUGCAUCAAUGUUUCGGAAAAGGAAGCAAAACACAUCAAACACUAUUUCUGCCAACGGUGCAAGGAAGACGAUCCAACGCUGCAAACGGUGUUCAGGCUGGUACCCACUCCAGGCACGACAACGCAUCACGAGGAUAAGAAGCAGUCGAAGAGGAAAACGGAAAAGGCGAACGGAAUAUCAUCAUCCGAUAAACGCUGCGGUCAUUGUGAUGGUUGUCGCGCAAAUAACUGUGGGAGCUGUAACGCUUGCAUGGGACCAUCCAAGAAUGGCCGAAAGCAAAGAUGUGAAUUGCGAGUCUGUGUCAACAUCGCAAGUCGCAAAAAGAAUCGAUUGGCCUUAAAAACAGCUGCCAGAUUGAAGAAAAAGCGUCGUUCUAUAAGCCCAGAACUAUGGAUCAACCCGGCCCUGCAAGGAGAGCGACAAUGUAAUGGUCCCGGUUGCAUCAUGACCGCACGUCCGCAGUCCAAAUAUUGUUCGAAUGACUGUGGGAUGAAGUUGGCCACUAGCAGAAUCUUUCAAGUGCUUCCACAGCGUAUUCAAGAGUGGUCCCUCAGUCCUGCCAUCGGGGAGGAGCAGAAUAAAAAAUCGCUGGAAGCGAUACGCACUAAGCAGACGAUUGUGCGUGCUACUUUGGCCGAACUAGAUAAGCGGCGAGCGGAACUGGACUUGUUGGUUGACCGUGCCAAACGCUGCACAUUAGAUCCCACUGCAUUGGAUGGCACUGACCUGGAGGAUGAAAUGUCGAUGUACUGCAUUACUUGCGGCCACGAGAUACAUUCCAAAACAGCAAUACGCCACAUGGAAAAAUGUUUCAACAAAUAUGAAAGCCAAGCCAGCUUUGGGAGCAUUUUCAAGACACGCAUCGAUGGCAAUUCCAUGUUUUGCGAUUUCUACAAUCCGGGCAGCAAGACCUACUGCAAGCGGUUGCGCGUUUUGUGUCCCGAGCACUGCAAGGAUCCAAAGGUUAACGAUACGGAUGUCUGCGGUUGUCCAUUGGUUAGAAACGUGUUCCAGCUGACGGGAGAAUUUUGCCGCGCUCCAAAGAAGUCCUGCUUCAAGCAUUAUGUAUGGGAAAAAAUUAGAAGAGCGGAAAUUGACCUUGAACGUGUCAGGCAGUGGUUAAAAAUGGAUGAACUGGUGGAGCAAGAGCGCCAAAUACGUCAAGCAAUGGCAUCACGAGCCGGUGUGCUAGGUCUUAUGCUACACUCAACAUACAACCAUGAAUUGAUGGAAAAAUUGUGCGCCGGAAAAUUCUAG